AUGACACUCUUGUUUUGCCUGUUUCUUUUGCUUUAUACCUGUGCCACCGAAUGUCAGGAAAUGCCCAAGAAGGACGAGUGGGUAACGAUUCCGCCGGGGCGUUUAGCAAAGCUUCUGAAGACGUCGCCUGAGAAGAAGGUGGACAAAAAGAAAUUAGUUGCAAUGACUGCCGAACUGAGGUACAAGAAAUACGCGAAGGUGUUCAGGAAGCAGCAACAGCGAAAACUGUCGAUUGUCAUGAAAAACUUCGGCAACGAGGUUGUGCAAAUGGAAGGAGGAACCAUCAUCUUGACUUGUCCGGCGGAAGACACCGACGAUACGUCAAACUUGGCCGACCUCGAGUGGCAACGGAACGCUCACAUACUGGAGAAUGGCACUUACGACGAGAGACGCAUAACGAUGAACAAAGAAGGACGUUUACUGAUCAGUCCGACGCUGUCCGUGGACAGUGGCCGCUACAGCUGCUACCGUAAUGAGGUAUAUGUGGCGGAGAGCACACUGCGAAUUUUAGCCACCUCAGACGCAGUGGGCGAGGGAAUGAGGUUUAUGUUCGCUCUAUGGUGUAGUUGUUUCCUUCCAUACGUAGGCUUCUUUCUUGCGAAGUACUCGCUGUUGCCUCCAGCUAAAGAAGAAGAAGAAAAAUUGUUCAGCGAGGAAGAAGACGUUUCACCUACAAAUCGAGCUCGUAAGAUGAAACAAAUCGUUGACCAGACUAUCAGAGUGCUUAGGCCACCAGAAGAAGAAGACCUACAGGAGGAAGAUGAUUAG